GAGGUCGGCACAUCAGAGCCGGAGCUGCCUCCCGGGAUAAAAGCGGGAGCCCGGGCGGCCGUGCCCGGCUGCUGCCGCCUCCCGAGGGCUGGACGCGGCUGCUCGGCACCAUGAAGUGGCUCCCGGUGGUCCUGGCGUGUCUGCAGCUGGCGGAGGGGGCGGUCAGGAUCAAUCUGAAGAAAGGCCUGUCCAUCCGGGACAAGAUGAGGGCAGCUGGGGUGCUGGAUGAUUUCCUGAAGCACAUUAAAUACGAUCCGGUGAAGAAAUACCAGCCCGGGCAGGGCUCCGUGGUCAGGGAGCCCAUCAGCAACCACCUGGAUUCCUCCUACUUUGGGGAGAUCAGCAUCGGGGAGCCCCCCCAAAAGUUUCUGGUGCUCUUUGACACCGGCUCCUCCAACCUGUGGGUGCCCUCCACGGACUGCCAGAGCCCUGCUUGCUUCAACCACGCCAAGUUCAAGCCCAGUGACUCGGCCACCUUCACCCCCCGUGGCCAGUCCUGCACCGUGUCCUACGGCAGCGGCUCCGUCACCAUCGUGCUGGGCUCCGACACGCUCAGGAUCCAGAGCAUCACUGUCACACAGCAGGAGUUUGGGCUCAGCCAGGACGAGCCCACCCAGCCUUUCUACUUUGCGGAUUUUGAUGGCAUCCUGGGCAUGGCCUACCCCUCGCUGGCAGUGGGGGGCAUGGCCUCGGCGCUGGGGGGGAUGCUGGAGCAGAACCAGCUGGCUGAGCCCGUCUUCAGCUUUUACUUCUCACGCCAGCCCACCUACGAGUACGGGGGAGAGCUCGUCCUCGGGGGCGUCGACCCUCGGCUCUUCCAGGGGGACCUCGCGUGGGUGCCGGUGACACAGAAGCUCUACUGGCAGGUGGCACUUGAGGAGUUUGCCAUCGGGCACUCAGUGACCAGCUGGUGCAGCCAGGGCUGCCAGGCCAUCGUGGACACGGGCACAUUCCUGCUGACCGUGCCCCAGGAGUACCUAGAGAGCAUCCUGGAGGCCCUGGGAGCCCAGGAGACCAGCUAUGGGUACGCAGUGGACUGCGCCCACAUGCAGAGCAUGCCCCCCAUCACCUUCGGCAUCGGCGGCGCUCGGCUCGCGCUCUCCCCGUCCGCCUACGUCCUGAACAGCAAUGGCUACUGCACCCUGGCCAUCGAGGCCACCUACCUGCCCUCCCAGGACGGGCAGCCCCUCUGGAUCCUGGGAAACGUUUUCCUGAAGGAAUAUUACACCGCCUUCGACAUGGCCAACGACCGCGUGGGCUUCGCCCCGUCGGCCUAGAGGAAGCCAAUUCCAGCCCCUCUCCCGGCCCAUGGAGUGCCACAGCAUUCCCAGGGACCUUUCUG